CUGUCUGGUCCCCUCCCCACUGCCUCCCAGUCCCUGGCCUUCCUUCUGGACGGCUGGCUGAUGCGUCCUCUAGAGGGAGCUGAUUGCAGUCGAAGCACCCGGCACCUCUAUGGUCGCUAGAGCCGUGUGGGUUCCUGGGGCCGCGCCGGGACGGCAGAGGCUGCGUGGGGAAUGCCCUAACGCCUACUACUCCUGGAAGCUGGGACGCCCCUGUCCCUGAGAGCAGCCAGCAGUCCCUCAGGAUCUGAGGCUUUGGCCCAAGUCCGGGCGGGCUGACCCUGUCCUCCACUGAGGCCUGAACAAUGGCAUCCGGGCAAAGCCCAGGCCCACCCAGCGAGGGGUGCGAUGAGCCUUCACAGCCCCGCAAUUCCGAGCAGCAGGUAGUACAGGACUCAGAGGAGGUUUUCCGCAGCUAUGUGUUUUACCGGCACCAGCAGGAGCAGGAGACCGAGGGGGCAGCCGCCCCUGUUGACCCCGAAAUGGCCUCCUGGCACCCAGCACCUAACAGCAUGAUGGCACAGGUGGGGCGACAGCUUGCCUUCAUCGGGGACGACAUCAACCAGCGCUAUGAAGCAGACUUCCAGAGCAUCCUGGAGAAGCUGCAGCCCACAGCCGAGAAUGCCUAUGAGCUGUUCAUCAAGAUAGCCUCGAGCCUGUUUGAGAGCGGCAUCAACUGGGGCCGAGUGGUGGCCCUCCUGGGUUUCGGCUACCGCCUGGCCCAGCACAUCUACCAGCGCGGCCUCACGGGCUUUCUGGGCCAGGUGACCAGCUUUGUGGUCCGCAUCAUCCUGGAUCGCCACAUCGCCCAGUGGAUCGCGCAGCGGGGCGGCUGGGUGGCAGCCCUGAGCUUGGGCAACGACACAGUCCAGUAUGUGAUAGCGGCCCUGGCUGUGGUUUUAUUCUACCAGUUCGUGGUACGGAGAUUUUUCAAAUCAUGACUCCCAGCAGGGACCCUCUAGGGUUCUUGCUGACACCCCUGCCUGGAUUGAAAUCAAGUUUCCUCCCCUCCCCCCUUAGGGGUCCCUCCUCCAGUACAGAAGCUUUAGCAGGUGGGCACUCCAGCAUCAGAGGGCCCUGCCAUGGACCAGUCCAGUGCGGAGGUGCCCCAACACUGCAUGGUGCUAAUGGGCCUGUCAGAGAGAGGCUAGAGCCUUAUCCCCCAGCCCGCUGGAACCCCUUAGCCCUGUCUGGAGGGCAACAGGGCAAGAGGCUGGUAACCACUUUAAUGGUUUUUAGCUUUUUAUAAUACUCUAGAGAGAGCCCUCCCCAAGCCCACCGCUCUGCCCUAAGUCAGGACAUCCCGGGCAGAGUGGUCAGUGGUUCUACUCCAUGUCCCCAGGACCUAGCUCUCCUGGAAGGGUGGGUUCUGAGAGCUGGGGUCCCAGCUGCUCACCCAGCUCUGCCCCCUGUUCCCACCCCACAGUGCUGGACUCUCAGGGAUUCUGAGCUUGGGGAGUGGGAGACUGUCAGUGCACCCUGGUGCUGUCUGAAGGAAUCCACUGGGUCCCUCCACACCUGCCACGGGGGUCUCAGCUCUUUCCCUUUCCGAAUCUCCCCUCUCUCAAACCAAACCAUCGUUCACUACCCAUGAAGGGCCUGCUCCACCGUCCCUGGGGAGCAGGACACUGCUGAUCCAUACUGCUUGAGUCAGGGCUUGUUUUGUCAGUACAGGGAAAUGGGGUACAAGGUUCAUCUGGAGAGGGACCCUGAACAUCAGGCAGAACCCCAGAGGCGG